AUGCCGUCCGAGACGUCGGCCAGCCGGCGCCAGCCCCUGGCUGAGUUUUUGCCCCUACUCCUACACCUCAGCACAUUGUUUAUGAUGUGGAAAGGACUCAGUGUCGUGACCAAUUCGUCAACCCCCAUAAUUUGCGUCGUGUCCGAGUCUAUGGCCCCUGCUUUUCAUAGAGGAGACAUCUUGUUUCUGUGGAAUCGCACGUCUUCAAUCGAAGUAGGGGACAUUCCCGUUGUCUGGUUUGACGACGCCCCAUUGCCUAUGGUCCACCGGGUUGUGCAGUCAUUCUGGGAUGAAGACACCAUGCAGCAAAUGUUCGUGACCAAAGGUGACAACAAUGAAGUUACGGACGAGGUUCUGUACCCCGGGGACCGUACCACGGUGUCAAGGCAGGAGGUCCGAGGGUUUGUCAGGGGCUUCGUGCCUCUGCUUGGGUGGCUGGUAAUAGGAGUACAGGAGAUCGUCUGGGUGAAAUACCUGAUUUGGGCAUUUGUGCUUGUUGCUGCCUGCCUGGGGAUAUACAAAUCCUUUGGAACCACCUACACCUGCAAAACCUUUCCGAUGGCUCAACUCGCUCCACCCACCACGCCCAAACCCCCAGUGAUCAUGCUGGAGGGCUUCACCAGUACAUCAGAGACAUCUUUCAUAGUGGAGUGCCAUGACCGCACCUUCAAUCUCGUGACGACAGCACUAGACAUACCGCCCAACGAGUCGCUCUUCCGUGUCGAGGCGAAGCUCGGCACAUCCUGGAGCUGGCGGCGCAAGGUCUACGACCAGCGCGCCGGCGAAAGCGGUGCCACGCAGAAGCACAUCUUCGACUUCCGGCACCACAGCAUAGACCCCAAGAACCGCUGGCUGAUAGAAGCCGCCGACGAUAAACGGCAGCUGGCUGAUUUGGUGCAUGUGAAGCAAGUCACCAGCGUGGGUCACUCGGAUAUCGACGCUACGGUGCGCACUACUGCAGGCGAAGACGUUGUAGUAUCUAUGCGCCGCACCGGGUCUUCCAGCGUGGAGUUUGAGGAUAUGUGUUUGAGUGUUGACGACACGACAUUUGCGUACAUUCGAAAGAUUGCUUACACUCCACCGGUUGGGUUGGUGGGGAAGAUUGUUGGGGAGAGUACCAACAGCCCUUCAAGUGUCUGGAAGGCAACCGUUGCUGAGGGAGUGGACAUGAGCUUGGUGAUGGCUAUGACCUUCAGAAACGACGCCUUCAUCUUCUUCCACUAUUUCUUGUCUUCGCGCCUAUGGGCACAGUCAGUGACCUUGAAUAUCGUUCACGUCGUCUCUGUCGUGUGCAUUGAGAGACGGUCAGCGCCGCGGGCUGAUUCCUUGGCCUCUUGGAUAUCCUUCCGUGAAACCUGGCGCCUCUGGACCAAUCCUCAGCUGCUUCCUGCGGCGGCCGUCACCAAGGCGACCAACAAAAAAUACGACGACGCCAAAACCAACGCAGACCAGGAUUCGGUCCCCUUAUUUCUUCUCCUGCGUCUGUUGAAGCUCCCGCUCUACUACUACCUGUUCACCUCCAUCCUGCCCUCUCUCUUUGCCGAGACGAUAUACGUGCUGCAAGCCUCAGACGUCGCCGAGACGGCCCUUUUUACUCGCGUCGGCGACAUCACAGCCCGGGAGGUUGUAAUACGGUCCUACACGGCAGUCGUCUGGGUCUGGGAGAGCGUGGUUCUCCUGGAUGGAGCCAAUGCCGUCCUGGCCAUCAUCGCCGUGCUCUCCGGCUUGGACAAGCCUGGGGACUGGCCGACCCUCUUCGGCAGCCCCACUGCCGCCUGUGGCCUGCGGAAUUUCUGGUCGCGUUUCUGGCACCGUCUCGCGGUCAGGCCCUACGGAAACUUUGGGCGCCUCUUGGCUAGCUAUUCGCCUGUGAGGAACUCGUGGGUCCAGAAGACGCUGGUAGCAUUCGCUGUCUUCCUGUUGUCUGGUCUUUCGCACAGCGCUGUCAGCUGGCGUCUGGGCCACGUGGAUUGGGAAAUCGAUUUGCAGUGGUUUAUGUUUAACUUCGCCGCGUGCUCGGUUGAACUGGUGCUCGUCUCGAUGUUGAGAGACGGUGCAAGGAGACUGGGCUUGUCACGCGAAUUGGCAUUGCUAGAGGAGAGCUGGUUGGGAUAUCUGAUUGGCUAUGCCUGGGUGUUUGGCUUCUUCUUCUGGACCGUACCCAUGUGGAGAUUCCCAAGACUGCACAGGCAGCUAGAGGCUACUGAGAGAUUGAUGAGACUGCUGUCGAAGAUGACCCUGAUACCAAAGGAAGCCAUCGCCUAG